AAAGGUCCCGACGGUGUGAGGCAUUUGCAAACACGGAUCUGUCACAUGGAUUCAUCUCAGCGGUUUGUCCGGAUGAGUUCAUCCCGGCUCCCCUUGCUGCUGUCAUCCCUGCUCUCCCUCCUCUUCUGCCACCCCAUCCACGCCUUCCUGGUGCACAGCACGAUGCCCUUCAGGCGGCGGCCACCGUUGGCUCACUCAUCAGCGUCGUCGAGCGCUCUCAGCGCACCUGCUUCCGGCACGCGGAUGACGCUGACCGAGUGGCCUGAAGGGUGGGGGGAGAGCGAGGAGAUGCUUGCCAUUCCAUUUGCUGUCGAUGACUCGGACAGGGACGCCAGUCCAUUUGGUAAGUCAAGCUGGUGGCAGCACCGAAGGGAUGGAUGGGUGGAUGUUUAUUAUGCAGUUGGGCAAGAGACGGUGUACACCUUGUGGACCAGCGAGGUGCGCAACGGACCGAUCACCGCAUCCACUCGUGUACAAUGAUUGUCUGUCUAUGUCCAUGGCGGUCAGGGCGAGGAGUAUCUGAAAAAGAUAGCACGCAUGCCAGAGGGCUUGCUGGGUGUUCUCGUCACCAAGCCAACAGGGGAGGUACUAAAACUGGCGUUCCUCGCCAAGGUCAGCACAUGCGACAACCAUACCCGCGCACACACACUUCUCUCAUCCAGUGCCACAUCUUUCUGUCCAGAUCAUCGGCACGCACACCACUGAGGAUCACGUUGACGUCAAGGCGCUGAUAGUGGGGCGUGUGGAGCUGGUGACUCUGCAGCAGAGUGCCAUGGGCAUGGCCAUGGUCGUCAAGCCGAUGGCAGACGAGCCGCCCGAAGCCGCGGCGUUGGAGCGGUCGCGGCUUAUCGUGGAAGACCUGUUUGGGUGAGUACGGCAUUGAGAGGGAUUCAUCGGCAGGAUGGCGGAAAUUGGGACACGUGUGUGUGAGACGUGUGUGAGUGCAGGUUGGAGGAGAGGGUGAGGGAGGCCGAGGUGAAGCUGCUGGAGACCAUCGGAGAUAAACAGAGGCUUGAAAGGUCAAUGACAAAGAGAGACCCCUGUGUUGCAGACGACAGACUUUGGCCACGGUCUGUGUGUGUGUUUGUGUCUUGUUGCAGGUUGCAGAAGAUGCCCUUGUUGCCGGAUCGGGUCCGAGAUCGGCUCGAUGUCUUCGGCAUCGCCGGCCCUGAAGACCCCAAAUACAUCACGGUACCGUGCGGCGUGAAUAGCGCACACUGGUUUGCAUCCCGUUUGCGGUUUCUCUGUUGCAUGUGUUUGCAGUUGGUGAGUUUCCUCGCGAUGGACCACCAUCUGAAUGCCUUUGAGAAGAACACGGCGCAGCUACAAACCAACACCGACACACGGCUCAGGUACUCACCCACACCACCCUCGCUGACGUGAUAGCCCUCAUGUGUCCAUGUGUGUGUGUGUGUAUGUCAGGUAUGCGCAGCAGAAGUACAAGAUGCGUCUGGAGGAGCUGGGCGAGGCUGAGAGGGUUGAGGGGCAGCUCAAGCUGGUCGAGGGAGGGGGCAGCGACGAGGAGAAGGAGGCUCUCAGCAGACUUAUAUGACAUGUAGAAGCAUACAUACAGCUAUGAGGGAAUGGGAGGGAGAUGUAUUGGCC